UUGAAGCUAUGUUUCAAUGUUCCAAACAGGUUUUGCAUUCCUAUGUUCAAACAGGUAGAUCCUUUCCACCGAAGCAAAGUUAAGUCUACAGCGUUAAUAACGAGGAAAUGCGGAGGGAAAAGAAAAAGAAAAGGAGAAAAACAAAAGCUGAAAGCCGAAGUAAAGACAGCGCUGUCCCUCGCACUUGGGCGCUCCGGUCGUAUACUCCUCGACGAGUCUCCUCCUCGACUCGAUCCCCCGCAACUACCUAGAUCUCGAACCCUCGCCGCCGCCGCUGCCGCCGCCGCUUCUUUCCCGAUCGCCGCGGCCAUGGCGAAGGAGUUCCCCGUGCCGCCGGUGGUCUUCACGCCGUCCACCCCGACGCACCGCCGCCACCCUGCCCCCGGCGUGGGGGCCUCCCCUCCGCCCGCGUUCGCGCCGCCCCGCCCCUCCACCUCAUCCGCCGCCAACCCGCUUCCCUUCAUGUCGUUCGAUGUCUCAGCUGCCGCGGCCUCCUCCUCCUCCGCGCCACCCCUCUUCACGGGGCCUAUCGGUGUCGGCGGUUCCGGCGCAUCCUUCGAGGACGAGCCGCCGCUCCUCGAGGAGCUCGGUAUCAACACGCGCCAGAUCUGGCGGAAGACGAUCUCCAUCCUCCACCCGCUCCGCUCCGCCGACCCCUCCCUCCACGCCGACGCCGACCUAUCGGGCCCGUUCCUCUUCCUCCUCUCCUUUGGACUCUUCCAGCUCCUUGCGGGGAAGUUCCACUUCGGGAUCGUGCUUGGCUGGGUCACCGUGGCGUCCCUUUUUCUCUACUUCGUCUUCUCCAUGCUCUCGGGUGGCCGCCGCGGGGACCUCGAUCUGUACAGAUGCGUUAGCCUCGUCGGCUACUGCAUGCUGCCCAUGGUCAUCUUCUCCGCUGUCUCCCUCUUCCUGCCGCGCGGCGGCGGGCUCAUAUUUGGAGUAGGGAUGGCGUUCGUGAUAUGGUCAACCAGGGUCUGCACCAGGCUGCUAGCAGAGCUUGCAUCCAGCGGAGAUGAGCACAGGGGCCUCAUCGCUUAUGCGUGCUGGCUCGUCUACAUGCUCUUCUCGUUGCUCGUCAUUUUCUGAUACCGUUUAUGAUUAUGUUCGGAAUUUGUUUAGCGGAUGAUGUGGACCGCGGACUGCCUUUUACCAGCCACUGGAGUGUUUUUGCUGUGUUGUUGCGGAUCUACCUACAAUCUGGCCAGUUGGGGAAAUGUUCUGUAGUGAUCUCUUAGUUCCAGUGGGCAUGGUUUCGGUGUAGAUCUUGGUUAAAAAAGAAAAGGAAAUCGAGGUCCAGAAACAGCAAAUGUGCAGUAAUUAGGUUUUUGCUGAAGUAUUGGUGGAAAUCUUACUUGCUAAAGGGAUUGGUCGUGGUCAGUGCAAAUCUUGUUUACUAUGAUUACUUACCAUUACCACGACUACUAUUUUUUCUAUAUCACCGUGGUAAUUUUUUUUUUCUUUUCACAGUUCAUUUGUUAGUGAUGCAUUUUGGCAGAGAUAAGUAUCGAAGUUACUGAAUCGUCGUAAAUCAAAGGAACGUUAGUUUUCUUUCA